AUGGCCAAGCCCAUGACGUUGUCCUGCAAUGCAUCUGUCCAGAAAUCCCACCCAACAAUCGGUGAUCACAUCGGUGGCGCGACCGACAAGCAACUCCGACUUGUGGAUGGACAGACGCCUGCAAAGUUUGGAGACCCAGAUUUGACACUCAUUCGUCAUCCCCCAUCCCUCAAGUCUCAGGAAAGUCAUCGCAUGUCUCUGCCAGAUUACAUAGCGUGGAGUUACUAUUUUCAUAUGGUCGGCGAUCGUGCGCGACGGAACAAGAUGCGAAGGGCUGAUAUCCUUGCGCUCGAGACGUCAUUGUCGACCUCCACCCGGUGCAAUCAGGGCGGCGGCCCUCCUCCUCGCGGUGUUACAGAUGACGCUGUCUUCGCUUCUCCAGCUUUCCUCCAAUCUCUGCUCCCCGUUUCGAACGCAGCUGACGUCGACGGUGGGCUGGAAGACGCUCCAACCUUGCAUGAUCGUGAGCGCCAUAUAAAUUAG